UUAGCAGAGUUAGCAGUGCGACAUGUCUUUUGAUGUCUCUGCAGCAGCUAUGGCUCUGUUUCAGUCUCUGAGAGAUUUUAUCAGGGAGCGACUGGCCGCUGCAGCUGAAGAAAUAUUCACAGAGUUUGAUAAAACCAUCGUCCAGUACGAGGAGCAGCUGGACCGCCAACGUAAACUUCUUGACGUCAGCUGGAAACCCCAAGUAACCCUGCAGAGAAUAAGAGAUGUUGAACAGCAGGUGGAGAAGGGAAUUGAUCUUAACCAGAGUUUCUGCAGCAAGGAGAGAUGCAGAAGUUUGGACCAAGAGGAAGCAGAAGUUCCACAGAUAAAAUACAAGCAGAAAGAACUACCUCUCUGGCAGAAAGAGCAUGAGGAAGUCCUGGAAUCUCUACAAAUAAAGGAUGAACAUGAGGAAACAGAAUCUAUACAGAUAAAGGAUGAACAUGACAAAUACUGCAGUAGUCUGGAGGAAGAGCUUGAAAUCAAGCAGGAGACGGAUACCUUUGUUAUAACUCCUCCUUAUGAAAGAGAUAAUCGGGAACCAGAUCCAAGCAGCCACCGGCUUCAAAAGAACCAAUACGAUGAAAGAAUUGAUUAUGAGAACUCUGAAUUAAAUAGAGAUAAAGAACUGAAACAAAAUAAGAGGUAUCAAAAAACUGGAGGUAGACGCGACAACGUAGGUACCAAAAAAGUAAAAGAACAGAAGAAUAAACACACAAAUGAGAACCUGUGCUCUUGUAAUGUUUGUGAUAAAGUUUUAGCUCGAAGUUAUUUGUCUGAACACAUGAGAAUUCACACAGGAGAGAAGCUUUUCUUAUGUACAGUUUGUGGAAAAAGUUUUCGGCAGCAAAAUCAUUUGACUGUACACAUGAGAACUCACACAGGGGAGAAGCCUUUCCCCUGUGUGAUUUGUGGAAAAAGCUUCACCCUGCAAAUGGUCUUGACGAAACAUAUAAGAACUCACACAGGUGAGAAGCCUUUCUCCUGUCUAACUUGUGGAAAAAGUUUCAGGCAUAGUGGGACAUUAUCUCAGCACACGAGAAUCCACACAGGGGAGAAGCCUUUCCCAUGUUCAACCUGUGGAAAGCGUUUUAGUGAUAAGAGAAAUUUAUCUCGACACAUCAGAACUCACACAGAUGAGAGGCCUUUCUCGUGUCCAACUUGUGGAAAAAACUUUCGUCAAGGAGGUCAUUUGACUGUGCAUAUGAGAACUCAUGCAGUUAAAAAGUUGUACUUGUGUGAAAUUUGUGGCGCUUGUUUCACUCAGAGUGUCGACUUGACAGAUCACAUGAAAACUCACAAAGGUAAGAAGGUGUAAUCUUGUAGCAUUCUCAAACAGUGAAGUGAUUUUUUUUUACUGGUCUUCAAAGUAUCUGUAUAGUCAUGCAAUGCAUGUUUGUUUGAUCUUCAUGUGGGUUAAGGUCUGACAUUUGCUGACAUGUCGACAUAUUUGUACAUAAUGGAUCUUGACAGAAGUUGACUAACACACGGUUCUGAGAACUUUCUAGAUAUGAACAUUUAGCUCAGUCCAUUUGUACAAUCAUAUGUCUUGUUCAAAAGCAGUUGGGUCACAAACCAGCCAAGAUGAGCUCCUCUCCAAGUUGCCUCUGGUUUUUUGUAAAACUCCAAAUCAAUCCAGAAAAGUUUUAUUUAUUUUAAUGUGCCCAGUUGCACCAUUUGAAGUGAAAGGUUCAACUGUAAACCUAGACAUAGCAAGCUAAAUGUUUUGCACACAUCUUUGUUAGCUGUGGAAUUUCCUACACACAUUACCGAUGUACUUUAUCUCUGACCACACAAACAAAAACACGUAUGCCUCUGUCAAAGGUGUGAUGGAGAAAUUUUGUGGAAAAACUCAUGCUGCAACAUACUUUGAAAUCAGUAACUUCCAUCCAUCCAUCCAUUUUCUGAUUACCCUUGUCCCUAACGGGGUCGGGAGGUGCUGGUGCCUAUCUCCAGCUGCGUUCCGGGCGAGAGGCGGGGUACACCCUGGACAGGUCGCCUGUCUGUCGCAGAAAUCAGUAACUUCCCUUGCCUAUUCUCUUCUGCUCCGAGUAGGCUACUACUUUCUUAUUUUAAAAUGAUUUUUUUGGCUGUGCUGUCCUUUUAUAGUAAGUUUGUUGUGUUAGAGGGACAAGACAUAUAGGAAAGAUCAACAGGCCAGGAAUUGAACCUAUGACAGCCACGUUGAGGACUGAGGCCUCCGUACAUGGGUUCUGCUUUUGCAUGCUGUACUUCAACCAAGUCAGUUGUUUUAUAUAUAGCAUGAAUUUGUAAAUAGUUUUUAUGUCACUGUUAUACAUUGCUCUGUCUUUAAAGAGACUUUAAACUGUCUCCUGACUUUACCCUGUACAUAUUAUUCACAGUAUGUCUCGGGAUAAUGGAAAACAAAUGAGUUUAUUGUAGCAUUAGGUCUUUGAGUAAAGAGAUGAUCUCUCCAGCUUUCAGGCCAAAUCCACCUCUAAAUAAGCACUUGCACAGAUGGUCACGCUGAAAUCAAAAAGCGUUUUUUAAAGGACUAUGUCUGUCAAACCACUCUGGGAGGAAGAGGGAUUAAUCCAAUGUGUAACAGUGGAAGGAAGGUCUCAUUGAUCUGAUAACAAAAGGGAACAAUUUGUCUCAAAGCAUAAUGUGUGUAAAACUCACUGUGAAUGUACAAAAAGUAAAAUAAAAUCCUAAACUACGACCAUA